GGUGCUUAGAGACUCUCUUGAUGUUGGAUUAAGAAAACUAGUUAUUGUAGCUUGUAGCACCCAUCUCUCUCCAACAUAUUGGGUGUUGAGCAGGACUCUCAGAAACCAAAGCAAAUUGCAGUUCUUUCAUCUUUUCUAUUUUGUGUUCUUCUUCUUUGAUUCACAAUAUCUGGUUCUUCCUAUAGGAGAAUCUGGUGCUUCUUCUCCAGGCUUUGUUGCAGAGGAUCCCUUGUUAUUUUUGGGCGACAAGAAUAUUCUUUCCUUUCUAGAAAGAAAUUUGCGCCCGCCGAAAAAUAUGGUGGUGAUCACCAGUUCCUUCAGAAAUACCCGGAGCCGUUACAGUUUUCAGCAAACAGGAGCAUUGGCCUGGGGUAUCAGGUAAGCAAUUAUAAUCACUGGGGUAACAUUUGGCAAUGUCCUUUAUAAAAUAAUAAAAUCCACCCUACCUUACAGAUUCUAGGAAUAUUCAGGUGAAAAAUACUGCAAAGCAAGGGGACCCCUUUGUUUUACAAAUAUUUUUCAGGACAUUGUUGCAGUAUUAAUCCUUAUACGGUAGAGCUGCUACAGAAGUCUAUGCUGAAGGCUUCAGCUCUCCCCUUGUGCUUCAUUAUCUGAUUAGGAAUAAAUCCAAAGAGACACAAACACAAAUAUCAGCCAAUGUUCCUUAAUGACCUGAGCAGAGUCUGAGCUGUAGGAAAGUCACAAGUGAGUUCAAUUCCAGUGAGACUCCAUCUGUUUGUAUAAAUACCCCUUAUACCUCCAGCUCAGUCACUCACUUUUAUGUUCUUCCCUCUAAACAUCUCCCAGUUCUACUCAACUCCCUAACACUUCCAGGGACCUGAGUGUCCACUUGUAUUCACAUCUGCACAAGACUUCAGGGGAAGAGAAGUUCAGAUCUUCAUCUGAGAGAAAACGUAUGAGAGAGAAGAUCCGGUGGGACAACCAGACUGAGCCCUAGAGCAGAGCCCAUUUGGACACUGACCUAUAAACCCAAAUAUGGAACCAGUGGUCUACAACCAGUCAUUGAUUCUCUCCUACACUGAGUUUAUUCUCUUGGGUUUCCCUGGGAUAUCUGGAUGGAGACCCCUCCUGGCAAUUCCAUCCUUUUCUGUGUAUUUGGUUAUCCUGAGUGGGAAUUCUCUCAUCAUCUGCCUGAUUUACACUGACAAAACACUUCAUUCCCCCAUGUAUUUUCUCAUGUCAGUGCUUUUUGCCAUUAGCAUUACUAUUUCUACUGCCAUAUUGCCUAAAUUCCUCCUUGACUUGUUAUUUCAUCUCAACCAAGUUUCCCUGACUGGAUGUCUUCUGCAGAUGUUUUCUAUUUACUUCUCAUCAAUAUGUGAGUCUAGUGUGAUCCUAUUAAUGUCCUUAGACAGAUAUGUAGCAAUCUGUAGGCCAUUGCGUUAUCAUAACAUCAUGACAAAGAGUUUCCUCAUCUCAAUGACAAUCAUUGCAAUAAUUCGGAACUGCCUCCUUAUUUGCCCAUUGGUCAUAUUAACCUCUAUGGUUCAAUUCUGCAAGUCGAACAUCAUUCUGCACUUUGCAUGUGAAAACAUGGCGCUUCUCAGUCUUGCAUGUGGAGAUACCACCAAACCACAGAUUGCUGGGUUAAUUGUGCGAAUUCUUGUCAAUGUCCUUGAUGCUGGUCUACUCUUAAUUUCCUACUCAACCAUACUCUACACAGUCAUGAAAACAGUGACUGGGAAAUCCCGACACAAAGCUCUUAACACCUGUGGGACACAUAUAUUGGUGGCAAUGCUGCUGUACGUGAGUGGACUGGCAUCUUCCCUUGUGUUGAGGAUGGACACAACCUUGUCAAUUGAUGCUAAGAAUCUAUUCACUGCACUAUACCUACUUGGCCCAGCUUUCUUAUACCCCUUUAUAUAUGGAUUAAGGGUGUCAGAGAUCAGAAAGAGUCUGGUUAAAUGCUGGAGAAAACAGAACAAUUUGUUCUCAUGAUGAAAUGGAAGACAUGCUCAACAUUCUUAGUGCUGGCAGUAGGUUGAUGCAAAAGUACCCAGUUUGCAAUGCAGAAUAUGGAUAUAUCAAGCAUUGAAACUUUGAUACUGUAUGUCUGUCGUUAGCUACAUCUGACCCUCACUAAAUGGAAGUCAUAAAAUUAUAAAAAGUAGGUUUUAAGAAUUAUUUGUUAUCUGCGUGUUUGUGAACCACUAUGUAAUAAUGUAAUAAUAAAUAUAUGAUAAACCCAUCUUGCUACCAACUAUGUUUUAGUAGAUGUUUCAGGGCAAAUACUGAGUUAGUACAAAAUACCUAACUGGGUUCCAAAGAAAAAUACUUGAUUCUGAGCCACUUCCAGCUAUUUUCUAAACACUGAUUUUCCUUUCUCAAGAGACAAAGCUGCUUCCCUUGGAACCAAGGUGGCUUGACAUGGUACAACCCACAUCCUCUUUGUUUGGGUGUCUAGGACAAAACAUGCCUAGACCACAUAUAAAAAACAUUGACAUGAGCUGACUAGAACCGAUAGAUACAAAGUUCAUACUAAUGUGAAUUGUUGAUAUUUUUUUCAGAUGGGUGGGGAAAUGUACAAUGUCUAAUGAGUGAGAGUCAACUGAUUCCAUGUAUGUAGACUAGUCUGUGCAUAAGCCUUAAUGAAAACAGAUUUUUUGGGAGGGUGUAAAUAGGGUCAACUGGAGAUGUACUUGUCAGCAUGCUUAUUAGACUUGAACCCAUCACUGGAAUUUCAUGGAACCCAAAUCAAAGAUUCAACAGAAGUUCACCUUAUCAAGUAACAAUACAAUUAGUGGGCCAUUUCUCCUUAUAGUUGACAAGAGAAGGGAAGGUUGGGCUUAGACCUUCCUUAAAAGUCUUCUGUAGAUCCCAUCUCAAUUUUAUUGUGCCUUUAUAGUUCCCAUUGGGCAAUAUGGAAUGUCUCUGGUGGCUUUAAAAAUAGCAUGUUAGAUGGCCAUGGUGAAAUUGAGUUAGUUGUAAUGCUAUUGCAGUAGUCACCCUGUUCUGCCUCCAUAAUAUAGCUGGUGGACCUUCUACUUUUCUCCCAACUAGUGAAAAGGCCCUUCCACUGGAGUCACAUAUAUUUUCCCUGUUUGUUUAUAUUCAGGAUUAUUUGAUGUAACAAUGAGAUGAGUGAUUUUUUUUUGCAGACACAGAUUUGCAAUGAUUUGCAGUAUUUCGCCACCUGCAAUUUUACUCAUAACUGUGGCAAAAAUUUGCUGCAACAAAAAAGUCUCCACAAGA